CAAGGGCUGCGCGAGCGCGCACGCGUGCGAAACUGCGUGGGAAUGGCUGUUUGUGUGAUCGAGGGGGUUGGGCCGCUAGGAGCGAACGGAGAGCUGCAAGAGUUUGUAAUGUCCGCCAUGUUGGCCAUGGCGUAUUGAACCGGGGAGGAACAGCGGAGCCCAGGAAAAAAGACACCGACAGAGAGCGACCGAGACCCGGGCCUGCCCGGCUCUGUUCGCGCUGCUACAGACCCAAGCCUGCCCUCAAUCGAUCGGCUGACUCCCAGAGACUGUCACAGAUUCAUCCAUGAGAACUCGAAGCAGACCUGCUGUUAUUCUUAGCAGAUCGGAUAGAUUUAUGCUGCAUCUUAUAUUAUAAAAAUGAGUAAAUUGUCGUUUCGGGCACGGGCGCUGGACGCUAGUAAGCCUCUACCCGUCUUCCGCUGCGAGGAUUUGCCCGACCUGCACGAAUAUGCCUCUAUCAACCGGGCUGUACCGCAAAUGCCAACCGGGAUGGAAAAAGAAGAGGAAUCGGAGCACCAUCUCCAGCGGGCCAUCUCGGCACAGCAGGUAUAUGGCGAGAAGCGGGACAACAUGGUCAUCCCUGUCCCCGAGGCGGAGAGCAACAUCGCGUACUACGAGUCCCUCUACCCCGGGGACUUCAAGAUGCCAAAGCAGCUUAUUCACAUACAGCCUUUCAGUUUGGAUACAGAGCAGCCAGACUACGACCUAGAUUCAGAAGAUGAGACGUUUGUGAAUAAGCUGAAGAAGAAAAUGGAAAUCACCGCCCUGCAGUUUGAGGAGAUGAUUGACCGGCUGGAGAAAGGCAGUGGACAGCAGCUUGUCAGCCUCCAGGAGGCCAAGCUGCUGCUGAAAGAGGACGACGAGCUUAUCAAGGAGGUCUUCGACUACUGGAGCCGCAAGAGGAAAUGCUGCAAGGGCGGCUGCCUCAUCCCCAACGUCAAGCAGGAGAAGAGGGAUGGCUCCAGCACCAGCGACCCCUACGUGGCCUUUCGCCGACGGACGGAGAAGAUGCAGACCAGGAAGAACCGAAAGAACGACGAGGCAUCGUAUGAGAAGAUGCUGAAGCUGCGCAGAGACCUGAGCCGAGCUGUCACCAUCCUGGAGAUGAUCAAGAGGAGGGAAAAGAGCAAGAGGGAGCUGCUGCACCUCACACUGGAGAUUGUGGAGAAGAGGAAUGUGAUGCCAGAUUUCGGCAGUGAGGUGAUGGCAGAGGCGUUGGCACAGCGGGCACUGGUGAAGCCCGUCUACACCAUCCCCAUCAUUCCCAUAUCUAACAGUAACCAGUACAGACACCAGGACCACUUGGACAUGAAAGACUACAAGAAACCGGAGAAGACCGAGGUGGUCCGAACCAAAAGGAAAUAUGAAAAGAAACCGAAGAUCCCCCCUCUGUCAGCGCCUCAGCAUUCAGGGCCCUCGGUGUUCAAUCCCAAGGACCUCAACCAGUAUGAUUUCCCCAGUUCAGACGAAGAACCCUUCUCUCAGAUCCAUUCAGGUUCCUCGGAGGCAGAGGAGGAGAAUGACCCAGAUGGCUGCUAUGCGUUCAGGAGGAAGGCCGGCUGUCAGUACUACGCUCCUCGCCCAGACCAGAGUGGCAACUGGCCAUGGGUGAGCCCGUCAGAGGGUGGGCUGGGCGACCCACGCUUCCGUUACUGUCUGACCUCGCUGAACAUGCCGCGACGGUGCGUGGGCUUGGCACGGCGCCGCGUGGGCAGAGGGGGCAGGGUCUUGCUGGACAGAGCGCACACAGACUUGGACAGCGUCUUUCAGAGCCUGGACUCGGACCCGGAGCCCGAACCACUCGCCUCACCAUCUCCAAGCUCUCCGCUCCGCAACUCCAACGCCAGUACCUCAGAAACCAAUACCUCGGACCCAACCAGCUCCUCCCACCUCCCUUCCUCCUCAUCAUCACUUUUGUCAUCAUCAUCACCAACAUCUAUGGACCUCAGACAGAUUCUUUUGAACAUUAAAUCUUGCCGCUGGAGGCACUUCAGACCACGGACGCUAUCCCAUCACCCCUUGGGUGGAGGAGACUUGUCCCGCAGAGGAUUUAGAGGAUUUAGUCGGACGACGUCGGGACUAGCCCAGACUUUACCUGGAGGAGGGGGCUCCCAGAACCGCCCCGGACCUGCACCUGCCCCAGUAACCGUGUUCACCGAAGAGCAGUACCAGCAGCACCAGGAGCAGCUGGCCCUCAUGCAGAAACAGCAGCUGGAGCAGAUCCAACAGCAGCAACAGGCCAACGAGUCGGCAGCCCCCACCAACACACAGGUUCUGGUGUCCAAGACGUUGGACCAGGCCAGCGCCCAGUUUGCUGCUUCGGCGCUCGUCACAACAGACCAGCUGCUGGCCUUCAAGUCUAAAGAAGAGCUGGUGCUGGCAAGUGGAGUCAACGGGGUCCUCGCAGGUACAGGUGUUUUCAAGGGCUUGCACCUCUCCAGCGCCGCCUCAGCCGUUCAUCAGACCAACCAGUCUACACCCACCACCACGGCUCCAACCUUCCUCCAGCUCUCCUCCAACUCCACCACUCCUUCGCCCGCCUCCACUAACGCCGCCCCCACCUCCCUCCCCUCCACCCCCAACGCCCAUGCAGCCGCAGCUCUGGGGCUCUUGGGAUGCAGCGCUGCAAACGCCGCCAACACCACCCCGCCCACCACUCAGGUCCUGAUCGGGAACAACAUCCGUCUGAGCGUGCCGUCAGCCGCUAGCCUGGCCGGACGCCACAUCCCCCGGACCCUCGGCAACGUGCCGCCCUCUGCCUUAAAGCUGGCCGCUACCACCAACCUUCAGAUGCCCAAAGUCUCUGGAGCAUCAUCCAUGGACAUCGGCUCAAGGGAUAAUCACGACCAAGACAAGCCAGCUCUGAACAGUAUAGCAGACAACACAGUGGCCAUGGAGGUGACGUAGUAGCGGUGCGUUCAAGAGUCCACUGUUUAGGUGCUGUGCAUCGUAGCAUCGGGAAUGCAAAAGGGACAGCAGGACUCCGACGCAGACGGACAGAAUGGCGAGCCGCCACGGUUACUGUGACGACUCCGUUGCAAUUCUCAUCUCUCAUGCUUUUUAAAUCUUUUUUUUUUUUUUUUUUUUUUUUGUUACUGUUAAAAGUAAAGAUUGACAACUGUAAAUUAUGAAUAUGGCAAAAUUACUAUCUGUACAGUAACUACAUAUUUGUAAUAUCCCCCUUGUAUAUAUGUUACUUGAAUACAGAACUGUCCAUUUGUGAUGUUUUGCACUUGGGAGUCAAACUUAAAAGAAAGGAAAAAAAAUAAGCCGAGUAACUUGUGGAGAGUGUGAGAGAUGUGGGAUUUGUAUAGAGAAGAGUUUUAUCACAUCGUGCAUGGUGCGGAGCCUGCUGUUUUUAUCUAUUUAUUGUGCUGUGUUUACAGUUUUUCUUUCUUUUGUUUUUCGGUUUGUUUUGUUUUUUAUUUGUACACUGUACCUUUGUUGGUUCCUGUGCUGUAGUAAAUGUUAGGUAGCUACGGACUCCUGGGUAUUUUUGUAUAUUGUGAACACAAAGCAGGUCCCCCCCCACCCCCUUUUUUUUUUUUUUGUUUUAUUGGGUCCCUGUGCUUCUCUCUGUGGAUCAUGUGGAAAUCAAUGGUGACAUACAUACAGACUCGGAGGCCAGGAGAACCAGGGGAGUCGGAGGAUGAAGAGGAGGAGGAGGAGGAGGAGGAGGUGGUGGAGGUGUUGGCGGGUGGCCGUGGUUCUCUCGAGGAGGGGCGCACCUCUCUUCCUGGGAUCUUCCAUUUCCAUUUUCCCAACACAAGUAACAAAACAGGGAUGAAGUCUCUUCCCAGAAGCCUCUGCCGCUUCUGAUUCAAAGCACUAUUUUUUUGUGACGUUUUUGUUUUUGUUCGUUGUUUUUGAUAAAUAUCAAUGCUGCUUUUGUAUUUUUUUUGUUUUUGUUUUUGUUUUAGGGAUGAUCCUUCAUUUUCAUGCAAUGGGAGUCCCCUUUAUUUCUUUUUCUUUUUUCUUUUUUUUUUUAACCCCCCCACACACUUUUGUAAAACAAAAAUUGAGUUAUUUUUGUAUUUUCUCCUGUUCUUGUGGUAAACUUGAUUGUAAGCUUCUUGUUUAUUGAAAGACUUCAUUCUUUUGUUACUUGUUCAUGCAUAGGUGAUAAGGGAGGUGAAUGGCAGUAAUUGCUGUACGUGUUUCAUCAUUCCAGUUUUUGAUGACAAAAAAAAAAUGCUAACGAUGGGAGGAGGGGCACGGAGAACUGCCGUUUUCACCCCCUCUCUCCGCCCUUUUUUCCUUUUCAUUUUCUUUUUUUCUUUGAAAAAAGAAUCUCCAGACGGCUGCAAGGCCAAAAACCACAAGUAUUGGGUGCCUUCCUUUGGGGAAUUAUAUGUACUCUCUUCUGUGAAGAGUUAGGCACAAAGACAGCAUUACUUAGUAGUGCUUCUCGUCUUUGUCAGAAUCUGAAUGCCCAGUCCAAUGGCAGGAUAUAUCCUUGAGGUUUACUUGUCCCACCUGGAGGCUGAAAAGACUAAAAAAAAAAAAAAAAAAAAAUUACAAGAAGAAAAUGUGACAGAACUCUCACUAAAAUAAGACAAUAAAGCCCAGGGCAUUAAAUGUGAA